AUGGCCGACGGCGGCAGCGCUGCCGCCACGCCCCCAAACGGCGAGGAGCAGCCCAACCUCAGCAAGGACUCGCCGCAGUCCUCCUCCGCGGGCGCCCCCGGCUCCGCCACGCCUGGAUCGCAGUCAGAGCAGGGCUCGGAGGCGGGGAAGUCGAGCAACGAGAAGGACAGCGACGGCUCUGCGUCCGAGGCCUCGCAGGAGGCAGCCAAGGACGCCCGCGAGGCCGCGAACGCCGAGCAGGCCGGGGAGCAGCCGCAGGGCGGCCAGCGCCCGUCACUGGAGGACACCAUGGCCGCUGCGGAGCUGAGUUCCGACAAGCUCGACCCCGACGCGGAGCGCAUGGCCCUCGGGCGCGUCGCGCUGUCCAUCUCGCGCUACUCGGGCCCCGCUAAGGAGGAGAUUGCCCGCUGGCUCCACAACUACAACCGGCUGUCCCCGGAGCACCAGGCCCUGUGCGACAACAUCCCCGCCAAGGCGGCCCGGGCGCGGGAGUGCGUGGACGCCAACAUGGGCUUCCUGAACCACCUCUUGGCGUCGAUGGACUCGGCCGAGUCGCACCUGGGCGGGGCGCUCGAGGCCGCGCGCGAGUACGCUCUCGCGACCGAGGGCGAGGGCCUCGACGCGGACUCCAAGGCCGCCGCGGCCGCCGCGGCCGUCUCGGUCGGUGGCGGCGACGACGACGAGCGCGUGCGCUACAUGCUGCGCAACCUCGCGCGCGACUGGUCGUCCGAGGGCGCGGCCGAGCGCGCCACGUGCUACGACCUCUGCGUCCAGGAGCUCUGCCGCCUCUUCCCGGAGCCCCACCGCGCGCCGCUCGCCUCGGCGCCCACGCGCGUCCUCGUGCCCGGCGCCGGCCUCGGGCGGCUCCCGCUCGAGCUCGUCGCGCGCGGCUUCGAGGCCCAGGGCAACGAGUUCUCCUACAUGAUGCUCCUCGCGGCCAGCUUCACGCUGAACCAGACGGAAACGGCCGAACAGUUCUCAAUCUACCCCUUCGUCACGUGCCCGCUCAACAACCUCAACGACGGCGACCAGCUGCGCCCCGUGCGGAUCCCGGACCAGCUGCCGUCGCAGAUGGUCGCGGCCGGGCACGGCCAGGGCCUGCUCUCGAUGUGCGCGGGGGACUUCGUCGAGGUCUACGGCGCCCCCGGCAUGGCCAACAUGUUUGACGCCGUGUGCACGUGCUUCUUCCUGGACACCGCGCACAACGUCAUCGAGUACAUGGAGGUCAUCCGGCACUGCCUCCGCGACGGCGGCUACUGGGUCAACGUCGGCCCGCUCCUCUACCACUGGGCUGACUCAGGCACGCCGGCGCCGAGCGGGUCCGACCUGAGUCUGGAGCUGUCGCUCGAGGAGGUGCUCAACGUCGCGAAGAAGCUCGGGUUCAGCGAGCUGCGGCGCUCGAGCCACCAGUGCCGCUUCAACGACAACCCGCGGUCGAUGCAGCACACGGUGUACGACGUGUCCUUUUUCACUAUGGCAAAAGUGCCCACGGGCGCGGCCAAGGCGGGGCCGGCGGGCGCGGCCGCGGGCGUGGCCGAGGGCGCGGCGGUCGGCGCGGACGCCGGGCGGGACGCGGCCGCCGCGGCGGUGGCGUCGGCGGCGGCGGGCGCGCACGUGGCGGACAUGUCGAUGCUGAUCGCGGCGCUGGAGACGGCGCAGCGGCAGGGCAACCCCGCGCUGUCCGGGCUGAGCCCCGCGUCGCUGGAGAGCCUCGCGAGCUACCUGUGCAAGCACGCGGGCAAGCAGGGCGCGCCCGUGCUCCCGGGCAUGUCGGGUGCCGCGGAGGUGCCGGCGGGGGGCGAGGGCGGCGCGUCGAUGCCGCUGCAGACCGCGAGCACGGGCCUCGCGGCGCUGGUGUACUCCCAGGCCAUCGCACAGCCGCAGGCGAUGCCGCAGCAGCCGUGGCAGCAGCAACAGCAGCAGCAGGCGCAGCAGCAGGCGCAGCAACAGCAGGCGCUCGCGGCCGCGGCGGCGCGGAACGCACCGCCCGCUGCGCAGCAGCACGGCGCGGCGACGUCGACGGCGCAGCGCCAGCGCGCGCAGCAGCUCCACCAGGCCGUGGUCCGUCAGAUGCUGCAGCAGGGGAUGCAGCCGCCGGCCACACCCGAGGGCGCGCCCGCCGGCAGCCUCGCGACGCUCGGCCCGCAGCUGCGCUACGCGGAGGGGCAGGUCCGCCACCUCCAGGCCCUGCUGUCGGGCCCGCCGGGCAGCCUGCCGCCCGGAACGGCCCCGCUGAUGCAACAGCGCCUCGUCGCAGCACUGUCGAUGCAGCAGGCGCUCCAGAGCGCGAUCGCGCAGCUGUCUGGCGGCGGCGGCGCGGCCGCGGGGAUGCCUGCGAGCUCGAUGGCGCAGAGCCACUCGGCGGCGCUGCCGGCGAGCAUGCCUCAGCGCACGGCAGGCAUCGCGGCGUCGCAGCCCAUGGGGCGGCCCGGCGCGGACCCGCAGCAGGCGGCGUGGCAGCGGCAGCAGCAGCAGGUGAUCCUGCAGCUGCUGCAGCAGGCCGGGGGCGCGCGCACGUCCGGCGCGAUGAACGCGCCGGCGCAGGGGCAGUACGGCGGGCCCGCGACGUGGGGCAUGUCGGAGAGCAUGGCCCAGGCGAGCAUGGCGCAGCAGGCGUACGGCGGCAUGCCGCGGAUGUCCGCACAGAUGCCGAUGGCGCCGGCGGCCGGCGCGGCGCCGCGAGCCAGCGUGUCCUCCGCCGGCUCCCUCCAGCAACAGGCCCAGCUCCAGCAGCAGCUCCAGCAGCUGCGCCUGCAGCAGCAGCAGGCGCAGCUGCACCAGCAGCAGCAGCGCGGGUCGUCGCAGUACAGCGACUACGGCCAGGGGCACGCGGGGGAGUUCGACUACGCGUCGCAGAUGACGCAGGGCGGCCCUGCCACGUCAGCGUGGCCCCGCGCGAGCGCAGCCAACCCGUCGUACUCGUCCGCCGCGGCGGCGCGGUCGCAGGCGAUGGCCAUGUCGAUGGCGAUGUCGACCGGGAUGGCCGCGGGCGGCCGCGGCGAGCCGUACGGGUUCGCUGGGGGCAUGAGUCAGGACCCGAUGACGUCGCUGGGCAUGAGUCAGGCCCAGGACCAGUACGGGAGCCAGGCGUUCCGGUCGCCGCCCGUGGCGUCGCAGGCGAUGGGCGGGUACAGCGCGUCCGCGCGGGGCACGGCGCCGCAGUCCCCGUCGCUGUCGCAGCCGCUGUCGCAGCCGGCGUCGAGCGCGGCGGCUCCGGGCCACGCCAUGACGAGCCAGGGCAUGAGCGGGUUCACGGGGUCGCUCGGGUUCGAGGGCCUGGCCGCGAGCCUGCAGGCGUACGCGAACUCGCACGACGCGGCCAACGACAGCAGCAGCAACAACACUGGGCACAACCACAACGGCGGCGGUGGGUCGCAGGCCGCGAACAAGCCGGGCAGCAGCGGCAGCAUGUCGGACGCCGGGCGCUUCGACUUCGGCUCCGGCGGCCUGGGUCCCCUCGGCGGGCUGAUGGGCGGGAGCCUGUUCAGCUCGCCGCUGGACAGCGACCGGCAGUGA